AUGAACCUUUCUAUCAUACUGAACGCUGCAGCCGCAAUGUUAUGCCUGAGAUCCAAGGAUUUCGUUGAACCUGUCAGACCUGCUGUGACCUUCACACCAAACUGGAGCAAAGUUUUUACCAGAGAGUCUGUAGUGAUCACAUGUGUUGUGGAGUCACCUGGGGAAAUCCAAAGCUACUUGUGGUACAAGGACAGCAGCCAAUUGGAAACUAUCGGACAAAUAUUUACAAUUCGCUAUACCAAAACAUCAGACACUGGAGAUUACCAAUGUCAGACCCCAACCGGUGAAAUCAGCGAGAGUGUGAGACUGGAGGUUAUUUAUGGUUAUCUUAUUCUACAAACACCGGCCUCUGUGUAUGAAGGGGAUGAUGUGCUUCUAAGAUGCUACAGCUGGCCGGGGUAUUCGGCGAGACCUACACUAUUUUACAAAGACAAAAUGGAAAUCAAGCCAUCAGAUGGAGACACAGGACUACUCCUCAGGAAUAUUAACAAAGAUAUGGCUGGAAAAUACAGAUGUGUAAAGAAAAAUCAGCAAUCGUCCUAUGCCACGUACUCCGAUGAGUCUUUUAUUCACGUCAGAGAACUGUUCUCAACCCCAGAAAUAAAUGUGACCCCAAAUCCAGCACUGGAAGGUGAUACGAUGACCCUCACCUGCUACACGAACCUUAGUCUUCUCCGACAAGAUACAAGUCUGCUGUUUGCUUUCUACAGAGGAGAACACAAUAUUCAGGGUUUUAGUCCAUCCAAUAAAUAUGGUCUCCGGCCUGUUUAUAUAGAGAAUUCUGAGAAAUACUCCUGUGUGGUAAAAACCAUAUCCAGUAACAUAAAGAAAAGUCAGGAGUCUUAUAUCCAAGUAUACGAAUUAUUUUCAAACCCACUUAUAAACACAAGUCAAUAUCAUCCUGCAGAAGGUGAUCAUAUGACCCUGACAUGUGACACCAGUCUCAACCGGCACAGGCAGACUACAGAACUGCUCUUCGCUUUCUUUAUGAAUGGACUCGAGGUUCAAGGUUUUAAUUCAUCCAAUAAAUAUCAAAUUCCAUUUGUCCAGCUGAAGGAUUCUGGGAAUUAUUCCUGUGAAGUUAAAACGUCAACUAACAACGUACGGAAGGGGAGUCAGGAGAUUAAAAUCCAAGUGCAAGGCACAGAGUCUAGAAGUUAUGAACUGGAGAACAUAGUGAGGAUAGCAUUAUCAUCAUUCCUAUUUAUUGUCUGCCUCUGCUACAUCUGUACGCACAAAUACACUAAUGCAUACAUUUCCCAUUCUCUCUUCUCCCUAGUCUUUUUAUCCCUCCCUCUCUCACUCUCCCCUUAUUACUGUCUCCAUCCCUCUAGCUCCCAUCUUUCGCCUUCCUCUCUUCUUCUUCCCCAAUAUGCCUUUUCCUCCGUCCUCUUUGAACAUCUGGUUUUGGUUUCUCUUCUUUGCCGGGAGCUGUCUACUAGUUCUGGUGCUGAAACUGAUCAACAAAUAAGUGGGGAUUAA